AUGAGUUUAGAGUAUGAAAGAAUAAAAUUUAUAUUUCCUAGUUUAGACAAAUUUAUAAUGAUGGUAAUGCUAUUAAUCUAACCUAGGAUUUUAAUAAAAAGAUAGCCUUGCAAGAAUUAAAAUUUACAUUUACCAAUAUUCUGAAAAUAGAUUUAUUCUCAAAAUAACUUUAAUUUUUUAUUUCUAAAGGUUUUCAUUCUAUUUAAUUAAAAUCUCACUAAAGUUUAAAUGGGUAAACCAUUUAGAAUUUUUAUUAAAAAGAAAAGAAUCACUUAGAAAUUAUAGUAAAAUUUUAUGAAGAAGGUGCAUGA